UGAUUUCUUUCUGCUACACUGUAUUCCCAGUCUCCUCCUACCACUAGCAUUUCAGACACAGCCUAGAAGCUGCCUCCCACCCAGGCUCAGACAGACACAGGCCAGCGAUCUCUUCUCUUCCCUGCUUCAAGAUGCCUAACUGGGGAGGUGGAAACCAAUGCAGUGCAUGCGGUCGGACCGUAUACCAUGCUGAGGAGGUGCAGUGCGAUGGAAAGAGCUACCACAAGUGCUGCUUUCUGUGCAUGGUAUGCAGAAAAAAUCUGGACAGUACUAACAUGGCUAUACAUGACGAUGAGAUUUACUGUCGCUCGUGUUAUGGAAAGAAGUACGGGCCUAAGGGCUAUGGCUAUGGCCAAGGAGCCGGCACAUUGAAUAUGGACAGAGGAGAAAGACUUGGCAUUAAACCAGAAGAAACCCAACAAUCACGCCCCAGCAACACCACAUCAAACCCUUCAAAGUUUGCUCAGAAAUUUGGAGGAACUGAAAAAUGUCCCCGAUGUGGGGAAUCCGUGUACGCUGCUGAGAAAGUAAUGGGGGCCGGAAAAGCAUGGCAUAAGAACUGCUUCAGGUGUGCAAAGUGUGGCAAAAGUCUAGAAUCGACCACCUUAACCGAGAAAGAGGGAGAAAUCUACUGCAAAGCAUGUUAUGCCAAGAAUUUUGGACCAAAAGGAUUUGGAUAUGGCCAAGGAGCAGGAGCCCUCGUGCAUGCUCAGUAAACAAAAUGAAACGAUUUUAAGAGAUGUGACUACACCUUAAAAAUCUUCCCUGGAACUAGACCUAGUGAUAUUUCAAAGCGCUACUAAUCACUGUGAAAUAACUGCAUUUCUUGACUCUAAUAAGCCUUUGGAUUCUUCAAACUUUCGUGUUUUUACGUCUUUUGGUGUAUUACUCAUUUUAUAGGAAUUUAUGGAUUUCUCAUAAAGGAUUUUGCAAAGCUA